AUGGGCGCGGGGGAGGAGGUCCCGCGACCGCCCCUGGACCUCACCCCCGCGUCGUUGAGCGCGGCGAGGAGCGGGCGACGCGCGCUGGAGCUCUACCUCGCCCGAUACGACGACCGAGGCGGAGAGUCCAACGGCGGCGGGGCGUCGUCGCCGCCGUCGUCGUCGUCGUCGGAGAAAACCGUCGCGCGAAGGAUGGCGCUCCCGUCGGACCGGGGGCGCGCGCCCUUGGACCGGGUCGACGGCGACGCGCCGCCCGGACCCCCUCCGCUCCCAGCGGUCGAUCCCGAGAUCCUGCGCCGCCUGGACGAGCGGCUGUGCGCGGGGCUCCGCGUCGCGUCGUCGUCGGCGCUCACCCGCCGUCGCGGCUCGACGCCCAGGCACCUGCCGGGGGGGAGGAUCGUCAAGCCGCUCCUGCCGUGGGUGCGGUCCAGGCCGUCGAGCGAGUUACUCCACCGGCACGAGUGGCCCGACGCCGAGUGGCCCGCCGCGAGGCGUCACGCCCCGCCGCGCGGCGCGUGCCGGCGCGGGGGGAACCCGGCGUCGUCGCGGUUCGAGCGGCGAGGGGUCGGCCCCGGCGAUCGGUCCAGAUCCGCCGCUUGCUCCGUCGUCGAUCGCCGCGCCGUCUCCGCGCACGCGUCGGGCUCGCCCUCGAUCGGAUCCUCGGAGCUGUCAUCGGAGCUGUCAUCGGAGCUCUCAUCGGACGACUCAUCGGAGCUCUCAUCGGACGACUCAUCGGACGAUGAAGAAGCCUCUGGGAGACGACGACACAGCUGGCGGCGGCGUUCGCGAUCCUCCCUCGACGCUCGGUCGGCGCGAGGCGGAUCCUCCCGGCGCGACGAUUCAUAUUCCUCCCCGGACGCGGCCGCCGUCGCGCGGGUGGACGCGCUGCUGGAGCGCCUGACUCGGGCGGCGGUUGGUCGGCGAGACGGCUGGCGGCGAGACGACGCCGAAUUCGCCCCGUCGCCGUCCUCGGGGCGGACGCGUUCGCCGAGCGGCGACGACGACGCGUCGCCGGGUGAUGGGGUGCUGAGCGGAGCGCCGAGUGGGGUGCCGAGCGGGGUGCCGAGCGGGGUGCCGAGUGGGGUGCCGAGCGGGUUGUCCGCGCCCCCGAUCGCGUCAUCGUCCAGGCCCACGCCGAGGAUACCCGAGGCGGAGAGAGCGUCCGUCGGGACCGAUCGGGAAACGGAAAGGCGGGAACGAGACGGCGACGGCGACGACGUCCACGUCGACGGUCGACGGUCGAGGUCGCCGGCUCCCCCGUCGCCGCCGCCGCCGACGACGACGUUGCUCCCGCCCAGGGCGGAGUCGAUGAGCAGGAGUCCGGGGCCGCGCGGUGGGGAGGACGCGACCCCGGGGGCGCGGCGGACGGCGAUCAGCAAGAUGCGGAAGCACGAGCUCAUCGAGGAGCUGACUGAGCGCGGGAUGGACGCGGGCGGGGUGGUCAAGGAGCUGCGCGACAGGCUGAGAGCCGCGAGGGAAGUCGGCGGUUGGCGCGGGGACGAGUGA